AUGCGUCGGGCGGCUGUCCAGGCGUUCCGUACUGCUCGGCGUGCACCAGUAUGGAAAUUCGCCAGUAAGCGGCCGUGCUCGCUCACCCUCACCCACCACUCGAGCCGAGGUCUGCGAUCAUAUUCGGGAGGCCGACGCCCGUUCCUAGCUCCAGCGGCCUCGCAGUCCUCCAUGCAUCUCCGCAGGUUCUCGCUUGCCGUUAUCUCGACUGUUGUCGCCUCUGGAGCGUGGUAUGCGUAUCGAGGUGACGGCACAGCACAGUCACUAGCAACACAGAUUCGAGGAUUUGCCUCGAGCGCAAUCACAUCUGCUCACGCUGAGAACCCAUCAGAGUCGACCCGCCGAGCUCUUCUCGUGAGCAACGAUCAGUUCUACACCGCAACCCUUUCCGGAGACGAGCCGUUGUCGAAAAACACCGACGACUCCGAUCGACGCGUUCUAAACAUGUUGACGCCGGAACAAGCUACAGAGAAGCUGCGCAAGAAUGAGGAGUCAUAUUUGGUGAACAGAGGCAAGGGGGUGGUUCGAUACGACAUCGUUCAGGUUCCGAGCAACUCGCCCAUUGAGGACGAUCAUGCAGAGAAGAUAGUCGAGGUGUCAUCAUCCACGGCGGCCAACACGAAUGGAGAGCCGAACAGCGACUGGAUGUUCUGGGCGGUUUUCGAUGGUCAUUCGGGUUGGACGACAUCCGCCAAGUUGCGAAAUGUCCUUAUUUCGUACGUUGCGCGAGAGCUCAAUACCACGUACAAGGCUGCUGCGGCCGACCCAGCAGUACUAGUACCAUCGUCCGAGGCAAUUGACAAUGCCAUCAAGCAGGGCUUUGUCCGUCUCGAUUACGAUAUUGUGCAUGAGAGCGUGGACAAGGUUCUGAAAUCUAACUCGCGUCGCAUGGCUGCUGAGCUCCUCGCACCCGCCCUCUCGGGUUCUUGCGCUCUUCUGAGCUUCUAUGACUCUCAAUCCAAGGAUCUCAAAGUUGCGGUUGCCGGUGACUCGCGCGCAGUCCUCGGUCGCCGAGGCCCCAAUGGAAAAUGGACUGCCACCGCUCUGUCUGAAGAUCUUACCGGCGGUACCCCUUCUGAAGUGAAGCGCUUACAAGAAGAACACCCAGGCGAGCAGUAUGUUACCAGAAAUGGCCGCAUCCUGGGUGGCCUAGAGCCUAGCCGUGCUUUCGGUGAUGCUUUCUACAAGUGGAGCAAGGACGUUCAACUAAAGAUAAAACGACAGUUUUUCGGCCGAACACCCCAUCCCCUUUUGAAGACUCCCCCUUAUGUUACCGCUGAGCCUGUCAUUACUACUACCAAGAUGGACCCCUCUCAAGGCGACUUUAUCGUCAUGGCCACUGAUGGUCUCUGGGAGAUGCUGAGCAAUGAGGAAGUUGUUGGUCUGGUUGGUCAAUGGCUGGAGCAACAGCAAUCUGGUAGUGGUGGAUCCAAGGCCUGGCUGCAAAGCUGGUUCAGCUUCGACAGCCAAAAGCAAUUGCCCGUCGAACCGGCCAAGGGUCAAUCUACUGAGGGCCAGCGCCGCCCAAUCCGCCAACAGCAAUAUGAUAUCUCUGGCGCAGCGAGCCGAUUUGUUGUCGAGGACAAGAAUGCAGCCACUCAUCUCGUGCGCAAUGCCAUGGGUGGGAAGGAUAAGGAUAUGGUCUGUGCCCUGUUGACACUGCCAAGCCCAUACUCUCGCCGAUACCGUGAUGAUGUCACUGUCGAAGUUAUCUUCUUUGGCCAAGGCCCUGAUUCCCGCACCGGCACUGUCGAGAUCAACAAGGAGGCUACCGCUUCAGAGGAACCCCCUAAGGCGAAGCUGUAA